AUGGCGAGUCUUCUCUCCCUCUUCCUCUCCUUGAUCUUGGCCUCGCGAGGCCUCUGGUUCGCCAUCGCGCAGCAGCAGCCGCAGGAGACUCUCUCUCUUCUGAGCCGCGAGGACGUUGAUGUGCUCAUAGACCUCAGACAGAGCCUCCGCGACCUCCCCGGCUCGGACUUCUUCUCCUCGUGGCGCUUAGAUUCCCCUUCUGCCGCCUCCGACGCCUGCUCCUCCUUCGCCGGCGUCGUCUGCUCCCCUGCCGACGACGAUGCGACCCUCCGGGUGACGUCUCUCACCCUCGGAUCUGCCGGCUCCGCAGGAUCUCCGGGCCUCGCCGGGACGCUUCCAUCCUCCCUCGCCAAUCUCACGCUCCUCACCCAGCUCGUCCUCUCCCCGGGCCGCGUCUCCGGCCCCAUCCCCGAGGAGCUCGGCGGAGCCCGCCUGCCCUCGCUCCGCCUCCUUUCCUUGAGCGGAAACCUUCUAUCCGGCCCCAUCCCGGCCUCCUUAGGGGCUCUCCCCAGCCUCCACACCCUCGAUCUCAGCCACAACCACCUCUCCGGUGACAUUCCCCCGGCCCUCCUCGCACUGCCCAGCCUCCGGGUCGUAAUCCUCGCCGCCAACGGCGGUCUCUCCGGGGAGAUCCCCCCUGUCGCCGUCCCCCUCCUCCAUCUCGACCUCCGCGAGAAUAACCUCACCGGUUCUCUUCCUCGUCCUAUCCCGGCCACUCUCCGCUACAUCUCCGUUUCCAACAACGCCAUGUCGGGCUCUCUCGAAGCCCUCGAUGCCUCAUUUCCCGACCUCGCUUUCCUCGACCUUUCCAUGAACGGCUUCUCCGGUCCCAUACCCAGUGCCCUCUUCACUCCACGGCGCCCCCCGGAGGACGAGGUGCCACCGCCAUUGGCGGUGCUCUUGCUGCAGCGGAACAGCUUGUCGGGCCCAAUACCGGAGCCCGUCGAGCCGGGAGCCAUCGCGAAGUGGACGGUGGAUAUGAGCCACAAUCAGUUGACGGGUCCCCUUCCGGGGGGGCUGGCGGCGAGCGGCAGCCUCUUCGUGAACUACAACCGUCUGACCGGGACCCUGCCGUCGGAGUUCGUCCGCAGCCUCUACGCGGGCAGCAUGACGACGCUCUACGCUCAGCACAACUACCUCUCCGGACUCGACUCUCCACUUCCGAUACCCGGUGGCGGUGUGGCCGGCGCCGCCUUCACGCCGCCGCUUCCGGACGGGGUCACGGUCUGCCUGUCAUACAACUGCAUGGCACCACUGCCCGUGGGGCCCUCCGGAUGCCCCACCAGCGCCGGCGGUGACGGAUCUCGGCCGUCCUACCAGUGCCCCGCCUUCAACAACGGCACGGCCAUCGUCGUCACCGGAGGCGGCGGGGACCUAAGCUGGGACGACGUGGAGCCGUGA